AGAAUGCGACACAGGAACAUCCGCAUUACGACUGCUGGUGAAGUGCUACCAUAACAGGCAAGUGGCUAACGCUAAUGUCUGCUAACUAAUUAGCAGGAUAGGUGUCUUUUUGUGUGUGUGAGUGUUCCAGUCUGAACCAUGGAACAGUGUGCGUGUGUCGAGCGGGAGCUGGAGAAAGUGCUUCAUCGCUUUGUAAUGUACGGCCACCAGUCUGAGGAGAGGCUAGACGAGCUCCUGCGCAGCGUCUGCGAGAUUCGAGGACAGCUAGUUGCUUUCGGAGUACAAGAUGCAGACUUAUCAGUCCUAUCUCAGACUAUGGCACAGUGUUGUAAGAACAUCAAAGAAACAGUGCAGAUGCUAGCCUCCCGACAUAAGGACAUCCAUGGCAGUGUGUCAAAAGUGGGCAAAGCCAUUGACAGGAAUUUUGAUGCAGAGAUCAGUGCUGUGGUGGCAGAGACGGUGUGGGACACCCCAGAAAGACAGAAAUACCUGAGUGAGACCAUUGUGGAGCACCUGUACAGACAAGGGAUGCUCAGUGUAGCAGAGGAUCUUUGUCAGGAGUCUGGUGUAGUUAUAGAUAUGAGUAUGAAGCAGCCUUUCCUGGAGCUGAACAGAAUUCUUGAAGCUCUGAGGAUGCAGGACCUCAGGCCGGCACUAGAAUGGGCUGUGACGAAUCGGCAGCGCCUUUUGGACUUGAACAGCAGUCUAGAGUUCAAAUUGCACCGCUUGUACUUCAUCAGCCUGCUCAGCGGGGGAAUCGCCAACCAAAUGGAGGCCCUGCAGUAUGCCAGACACUUUCAGCCCUUCGCCUCCCAACACCAGAGAGAUAUUCAGAUUCUGAUGGGCAGUCUGGUGUACCUGCGUCACGGCAUCGAGAACUCUCCGUACCGCAGUCUGCUGGAGACAAAUCAGUGGGCAGAGAUCUGUAACAUCUUCACCCGGGAUGCCUGUGCUUUACUGGGCCUGUCUGUAGAGUCCCCACUCAGUGUUAGUUUUGCAUCGGGCUGUAUGGCCUUGCCAGUGCUGAUGAACAUCAAGCAGGUGAUAGAGCAAAGACAGUGCAGCGGAGUCUGGACGCACAAAGAUGAGUUGCCUAUUGAAAUCGACCUUGGGAAGAAAUGCUGGUACCACUCUGUGUUCGCCUGCCCAAUCCUCAGGCAGCAAACCUCAGAGAGCAAUCCUCCCAUGAAGCUCAUCUGUGGCCACGUCAUCUCCAGAGAUGCCCUCAACAAAUUGACUAACGCUGGGAAGUUGAAAUGUCCGUACUGCCCCAUGGAGCAGAAUCCGUCACACGCCAAGCAGAUCUACUUUUGAUACGGCACACUUUAUUCACGAGUAAGGAUGAAGUUCCCUGGAGCUCUUUGCAUUUCCAGGACCAUUUGCUCUGGCCCUUUUUCCUCUGUCCCUGGCCUCUCGGCCUGUUAUUGUAAGCAUUAAGGUUUUAUCCCAGUGCUCCUCUGGACAGCCUUGGCCAUCCCGUAACCCACCUUGGACCUUCCAACUUUGCGUAGUAUACAGAGUCCAGCGGGAAUGGUCAGACUACGACCUGUAGUAGAGUGAGGAGUCUGUCAGUAAUGAGAGCAUCCUCACGAAGAAGCACCUCUGAAAAAGGUUCAUUCAUUGAAACUCAUUUGCAAAUGCCUGCAGAGUUAUAGGCUUAUCUUUUUAAAGUAUGUAAUACUUUAUAGUGUUUGUUUUCUCGGCUUUAUCGACUGUUUGAGUUGGACGACUGCUUCAUUUUUUUCUCCUUUUUUUGUGACAGAAGCAGUUGAAUGAUAAUGGAUGGGUGAGUGUGGGUAAAUGGUAUAGAUAGGCAGUGUCUGGUUUCAGAAUGGUAAUAAUAAACUUCUAUUAUACAUGACAAAAACCACGGAAAAACAAACUGUGCUGAAGGUUUCUUAUUUGCUGGUGAAGGGAACUGUGGAGGUCUCCCUCGAAUCGAACUCUUGAUUGUGACCCAUUGCUCCUCCAUAAUGUAAUAAAGGCCUCACGUAGCUUGAAAGUCACUGUUGGCUGAUGUAUCCAUUUGAUCAGUAAAACAAUUAACUCAUC